GCGUAAAUUGUUUUGAAAAAAAAAAGCGUGACGUCACGCCCUGUUCAAAAAAACUGAUCGACGGAAAGACGGAGAUCCAGUCAGCGAGCUGAGGAGCUCUCAGACGGACGGCGAACUUGGACCUGACAACAAACUUGGACCUGACAACAUUAAAUUAAACCAGCAUGACUAACGGGCACGUGGAGGGCAUCAACGGCGCCGCCGGAGGCACUGUUCCGGACCCCAAACCCACCUCAGACCACGGGGACAUGGAGAACACGAUGGAGCACAAACUCAUGAGGGCCUUCGCCCAGCGCCGGCAGCUGAGAAGGACCGCAGAGAGUCCGGCACCGCCGCCACCGAACCCGGCCGCAAACGCUCCGGCGCCGCCAGACGGCGAAGGAGAACCAAAGAGGAAGGGGAAGAAGAAAAAAGGAUGGAGGCGUCUGCCAAUCAUCGGAAAAUGUAUUAGUCCCAAAACAAAGGAACCAGAACCAGAACCUGAGGCGGCUCCUGAACCUGAACCCAAAAUUUCCCUCAUCAAUUUCCUACCGGAAAAAUCUGCAGAGAAUGAGUUUGAACAGGUGGCGAAGCGUCUGACCGACCUCGCCGAUGAAAUCCAGUUCAUUGAACCUGAGAUUGAAUCGGACGACGAUGACGACCUGGAGAAGCUCAUCGCGCUGCUGCUGCGGAAGAGCGGCGACCAGUUCAACCAGACGAUGAUCGAACAGAAGGUCAACCCCAGAGUUCUGUUCGACUACAGCUUCUUCGAGAGGCUUCUGACCACCUUCCUGGAGAGGAUAGGCUACAGAAACGCCAGAUCUGACGACCUGCAGCCGCAAGCGUCCACGGAAACGCAGGUCGCCGUGGCGUGUGAGAUCACCAGCCGCCUGUCGACGGCGGACACUCUCCCCUCCAGCCGCAUGCUGAACUUUGGAGCGGCGUAUCUGCAGCAGCAUUACUCACACUGGGUGCAGCAGCAGAGUCACGCCGAAGCAGAAAUCCACAGCGAUGAGGAAGUGGAGUGAUCCUGGAGCUGCAGCGCCCCCUGGAGGCAAAAUUCAGACUCAGGGUUUUGUGAUUUUUGUAAAAAAAAAAUAUUAGCAACUAUUUUUGUAGCAUUAAUGAUGUUUAUUGUUAUUUUUGAAUGAAAUUAGUGGUAUUUAAAACGCAGCCAUUAGCACCUGCACUUUCUCCAAAACUAAAAUAAUUCCAUCAGAUGAUUUCUGCUGAAUCUUCAGACUGUGAAUCUUCCCAUUAUGAAUUAUUAAACCAUGGUUUCAUUACCA